CUAGGAGUCUGAAAUGGCCACUCCUCGAGGGUGUUUGGGUCCCUCUCUUCAGCUCCUCUUCUUCUUUCAUCUGUUACUCAAUGUAGUGCCUCGCUGCCGGGGACGUCCAUUCUUCGGCCCACCUUCGGUCAACGUGGCUGUGGUUUUCAGCGGCUCGGCCCAUCACAGUGAGAUCAAGGGCCGUCUGAGUCCAGAAAACUUCCUUGACAUGCCGCUGGAAGUGAACCCCAUCACCGUGCUGGUGAACGACACAAACCCCCGAGCUUUACUCACACGUCUCUGUCAGACUAUGGCAGCGGAGAGCCUUCACGGAGUAGUGUUUGAAGACGACGUGGACUCUGAGGCCGUGGCUCAAAUCUUAGAUUUUGUUUCCUCUCAGACGUCCAUCCCCAUCGUAGGCAUCAGUGGAGGUUCAGCGGUGGUCAUCCCACAUAAAGCUGACGGUUCCACUUUUCUCCAAAUGGGAGCUUCUAUAGAUCAGCAGAUAAAUGCGAUGUUCAAAGUGAUGGAGGAGUACAACUGGGGCAACUUUGUGGUAAUCACCAGCUUGUAUCCCGGCUACGAGACCUUCGUGGACUACAUUCGCUCCUUCACGGACACAAGCUACUUCCUGUGGGAGCUGCAAGAUGUGCUGAGUUUCGAGAUGUCGGUCGGUGCAAAUGACAUCCGCACACGUCGACUUCUACAACAAGUGGACUCGCAGGUGUAUCUAGUGUACUGUUCCCAUGAAGAAGCACAGUAUUUGUUCAGGAUGGCCUCUGAUGUGGGGCUUUUGGGGCCCGGAUACAUCUGGAUCAUCCCUAGCCUGGCAGUGGGCAACCCUGAAGCGCCCCCUCCAGCCAGCUUCCCAGUGGGCGUCAUCAGUAUUAUCACAGACCGCUGGAGGAAAACACUGCGUCAGAGGGUUCGCGAAGGAGUGGCAGUCAUAGUGAAAGGGGUGCACAGUUUUCACAAGCACAGAGGAUUCAUUCCCGAGGGUCACAGUGACUGCAGUAGUCCUCUGCUAAAUUUGUUUUACAGGCAUAUGCUGAAUGUGUCAUGGGAGCAUAAGGAUCUGUCCUUCAACUCUGAUGGCUAUCUCAGUAAUCCUUCCAUGGUGAUCAUUGCUCUGGAUCGAGAGAGCCACUGGGACAAGGUUGGAAGCUACGAGGGAGGGAUUUUGCAGAUGCGUUAUCCUGUAUGGCCUCGUUACGGCAGCUUCUUGGAGCCCGUGUCAGACAACCGGCAUUUGACCGUGGCCACACUGGAGGAACGGCCUUUUGUCAUCGUGGAGAGUGUUGAUCCUGCCACCGGCACUUGUGUGCGCAAUACUGUGCCGUGCCGUCGACAGUCCAACAGGACUGAAAGUAUAAUUGGUCACACCGAGCCUUACACCAAACUCUGCUGCAAAGGCUUCUGCAUAGACAUUCUAAAGAAGCUCUCACGCACCAUUAAGUUUUCAUAUGACCUUUAUCUGGUCACCAAUGGGAAACAUGGCAAGAUGGUCCGUGGCGUCUGGAAUGGGAUGAUUGGAGAGGUCUUCUACAAACGUGCAGACAUGGCUAUUGGCUCUUUAACCAUCAACGAGGAGCGCUCAGAGAUUGUUGACUUUUCAGUGCCAUUCGUGGAGACUGGGAUCAGUGUUAUGGUGGCCAGAAGCAAUGGAACAGUCUCACCUUCUGCCUUCCUGGAGCCUUACAGUCCAGCCGUAUGGGUUAUGAUGUUUGUAAUGUGCCUGACUGUUGUGGCAGUCACCGUGUUUGUCUUUGAGUACUUCAGCCCUGUUGGGUACAACCGGAGCCUUGUCAGUGCCAAAGCCCCUGGGGGUCCAACUUUUACCAUUGGGAAGUCUGUUUGGCUCCUGUGGGGAAUCGUCUUCAACAACUCUGUUCCUAUUGAAAACCCCAAAGGAACGACCAGCAAGAUUAUGGUCCUUGUCUGGGCAUUCUUUGCUGUAAUCUUCCUAGCCAGCUAUACAGCCAAUUUAGCUGCCUUCAUGAUCCAAGAGCAGUACAUUGACACCGUGUCUGGGCUCAGUGACAAAAGGUGAUUUCAAAAACCCCAGGAACAUUAUCCUCCUUUUCGCUUCGGAACGGUCCCAAAUGGCAGCACAGAGAGGAACAUUCGAAGCAAUUACCCUGACAUGCACACCCACAUGAUCAAAUACAACCAGAAGGGAGUGGAAGAAGCUCUCAACAGCCUUAAGACAGGGAAGUUGGACGCCUUCAUAUAUGAUGCAGCAGUUCUUAAUUAUAUGGCUGGCAAGGAUGAGGGCUGCAAGCUGGUCACCAUUGGUAGCGGGAAGGUGUUUGCUACCACAGGCUACGGCAUUGCUCUGCAGAAAGACUCCCGCUGGAAGCGCCCCAUAGACCUGGCUCUUCUCCAGUUCCUGGGAGAUGGAGACACACAGAGACUGGAGACAGUAUGGCUGUCUGGAAUAUGCCAGAAUGAGAAAAACGAGGUCAUGAGCUCUAAACUAGACAUAGACAACAUGGCAGGUGUUUUCUACAUGUUGCUCGUGGCCAUGGGUCUCAGCCUGCUGGUCUUUGCUUGGGAACAUCUACUUUACUGGAAACUCAGGCACUCUGUUCACAAAUCUGAUCACUUAGACUUUCUGCUGGCCAUUAGCAGGGGCAUAUACAGCUGCUUCAAUGGAGUAGAAGACAUUGGCAGAUCUACCGGCAUACAGAAUCCAGAUAUCACCGCCAAUUACGCCCAGGCCAACAUGCUGAAAAUGCUUCAGACAGCCAAGGACAUCGUCUCCUCAGCCAAAGUUGAGAACUCAUUGGAUAACGCCACCAAGACCAUUGAGAACUGGAGCAGACGGAGUGGCAGCCUCCCAGCACGUAUUCCUCUGGUGACUACCACAGAAAAAGUUCCCGGUCACUUCUCGUAUAUUGCUAAUGUCGCAGAGAACCACAUACCUCACAUGCAGCGUUCCAUAACUCCACCUUUCACACAACACACCACAACCACCAGCCCAGCGCUAAUGGUAAAUCACAGAGUCUUAACACGGCCAACUCCUCUUCGCUACACGCUUCCUGCCAGGACCAGAGGUCUUUACGAUGGCAUGCUUCCUGUAUCCAGUCUAAGCACACCUCAUCUUGCCAUGCAUGACCCUCCAUCUGACCUGGCUCACACAGGUUCCUCCUUCGUCCCAUAUAGAGACAUUUACACCGAACACCACAAGUCCUGUCACAAUGACUUCUCAGAUGCAGUCAGGCGGAAAAAGAGGCCCCAAAAUCUCCUGGUGGAGUCUAUGGAUUUGAGGGGUCUUCAUGAUUAUAAAGACCAAUUAACAUGUCAUACCGAAGCAAACAGUUUUGCUGAAAAUCACCUUUCCUCAUCCUUCAGUGAAAAUCCCUUUGUGGUAGCAGAUGCAGCUUGUAACUCUUGUGCCAAAACGUACUUUGACCCCGCAUCAUUUGACGAAAUACCUUUGAUAGGGAAAAGAAAGCUUCAUCGCAGACCAUCGUUCCUGAAAGCCACUUGGGGUCCAGACAGAGUAAAAUUCCCAGGUGACAGAGCCACUGCCGCACCCCCUUCUAGAGUAACUAUACCUGACCUGUUCCCUUGCGUGGAUGUACACGGACGGGUGAGGAACACCAUGUGUUAUGCCCAACCGAUGGAUCACACCUACCUUCAUGCCUUCCGGCGAAACUCCAGGAAAAGUCAGAAGCUUAGACAUAGCCAGUCCACCAGGCUGCCUUCCUACAAGGAGGCGAUUUUCCACAAUGUGGCAGCAGUCAGGAGGGCAUCCAGCUUGGUGCAUAGACCCUACUCCUAUCCAGAGCUGCCAGUCUACCAGAGCCCACUGUCAUAUGGACCAGCCGAAUUAUGCAACAUCUUUCCGUGCAUGGGACAUCCCAGUGACAGUGUAUAUGGAGGGUAUAGGGGACCCGCACAGCUACAUGAUGGCCAUCUAGUGCCUGUUCCAGGCAGCAGGGUGGUUCAUAGCAGCCCUAUUGUGCCCAUGACAUGGGGCAGAAUUUCCAGUCUGGAAUCAGAGGUGUGAACUUGUCCUUCCAUGUGCCAAUUAUGAACUAUUUGGACCACAAGCUUCUACUGACCUAAAUGACUUUGCCUUUAAAGACCAAUUCACACUGCACCAACAGACAGCGGCCAGCGGCAACAGACACGUUCAUCUGGUUACUUCCAUUGGCAUUGGUCAGUGCUUUUAUUUAGUGAUUGGAUGUGGUAAAGCUGCAUUUGUCAUCUGAAGUGACUGUUAACAUUGGUUGGAAUCACUUGGGGGAGUGUGAAUUGGCCUUAACGUGAUAGUUCACCCCAAAAUGAAAAUUUGCUUUUAAUUUAUUCACCCUCAGGCCACCCCAGAUGUAGGUGUCUUUUUUUUCUUCAGAUGUUUUUUUGACUCUCAAUGUGCUGUUAGCAGUCAACUUGCUUUUUUUUUGA